AUGAGCGCGAAUAUUCCCAACAGCGCCGAAGACCUUAAGGAGGCGCUGGACUGCAUCCGACACGAUGACCCGCAGUGGUGGCUGCCUAAAGGCGUCUUCGAGAAGCUGGGAACCAUUUUCAAGCUCGAUGCGCAGGUCAUGGCUGAGGAGGCCAAGAAGACGGGAUGGAAGCCCAAACAUCCCGAUUUGGACCCGCACGACGAGUCGGCCAUGGUUCAUCACGCCCUUCAGCACCUCGGCAUCGGCAUCGGCCAUCACCUGUACGACGACAUGAUGAGGACUUUCAACGCAGGCGACCUAAAGUACAUGACGAAGCAGAACGUGGUCGACAAGUACGGUCUUGGCAAGCUGCCCGGCAACAUGGUCAAGGGAACCACCUUUGCGGACCUGGUGGCCGUCGCGAUGCUCGUCCACAUCGCUCGCGACGACUACGUGCGUUCUGGCAACAAGCAGAUGAAGGAGCGGGAGAAGAACGACAAGCGGGUGUUGAACGACAAGUACAAUCAGAAAUUGAUACAAUUGCUGGCAGACAAGGAUGAAGAGCGCGCGAUCCGCAGCAAGCUGGAGGUGCCUCCCAAGCGGACACUGCCCUGGCACGGCUGGGAGGACUAUUUGCGGCGGAAGGCUGAGCAAGAGAAGGCCCUGCAGGGGGACGCAAGCGGAGGCCCUGGCGGCGCAGACCAGCCUCUCCCCACCCCGCCCAAGCGUGGCAGGGAUGAUGGCCGCGAGGGGUCGCCUGAACUCGGCGAGGGCCCGCCCAGCAAGCGCCGCUCCGGCCCCCAAAGCAUACACGUCAGCCAGCUCGAGGCCUUUACCAAUAAGCUCACAUCAGUAGGUCGACAGUACUUUGCUGUGGGCGAGAUCCUCCUGUUUGUCAAUGGAAAUAGUGUCGCAUCUAUUGCAGACAACGAGGAUGAUCAGUACUGA